UGUGUGAUCGUCCAUGUGAUCUAUGAAUUGGAAAUGGUUUCUAUUUACCAAAACUAAUUUCGGACACGUGAUCUUACGGUAGACCAUUUUGCUGUUUUGCGAAGCCUACGCGAUGAGACUUCAGGACUGUCCCAGGUCCUGGAAGGUCUCAAUUUAGAUGGCGGACAAGACAGCCGAAAAAGCUUUAAAAUAUCUUAGCGACCCCACAGUUCUAGCUGGUUUGGGGGCAGUGGCCGUAGGUUCUCUAUUAUACAUGGCGACCCGACCAUCAGAAAGCGCUUGUCCAGUGAACCCGCACAAACAAAGCAUAGAAAUACCGGGAGAUAACUAUGCCAGGAGAAGUGCAAUGUCAGAAGAGUUGACAGCAUACAUGUUUGAAGACUGUCGUACAACACAUGAAGUAUUUUUAAGAGGUGCAAGAAUAUCAGGGGAUAAGCCAUGUCUUGGUCAUCGUGUCACUGAAGGUGGUCCUUACGAGUGGUUGACAUAUAAUGAGGUCCUCAACAGAGCUAGCAAUGUGGGCUCUGGGUUGCAAGAGCUAGGAAGCAAUGAUGUAGAAGGAGAUACUUUUAUUGGUGUAUAUGCAUCCAAUAAGAUCGAGUGGGUCUUAAUUGAGCAAGCAUGUGCAAUGCAUGCCAAGGUGAUCACACCACUGUACGACACGCUCGGUCCUGAUGCUUGUGCUUUUAUUAUCAACCAAGCCAAAAUGUCUAUGGUAGUGUGUGAUGCAGCAAAAAUUCCAUUACUGCUACAACGAGCAGACCAGUGUCCAACCCUCAAAUUCAUUAUCAAGAUAAACCCAGAUGUUACAAGUGAGGAAAAGCAGGAGGGUGAAAGAAAUGGAAUCAAGAUCAUAUCAUUUUCUGACGUGGAGGCUAUGGGUAAAGCACACCCUUAUGAAAAAAAGCUUCCCAAGCCAGAUGACUUAGCUGUUGUGUGUUACACCAGUGGUACCACAGGGAAUCCCAAAGGUGCUAUGAUCACCCAUAGUAAUGCUGUUGCUAUGCUCACAGGCCUCUGUGUGAUGAUUAAAAAGUGUGGGAUCCGUGUGGACAAUGAUGAUGUACAUAUUUCAUACUUGCCACUAGCACACAUGUAUGAAAGAUUGGCUCAGCUGAUGAUAUUUAUGUAUGGAGGCAAAGUUGGGUUCUUUGGUGGAAAUAUUAGGAAGAUAAUGGAAGAUCUGCAAGAACUAAAACCCACAGUAUUCAUAUCUGUACCAAGAGUGCUGAACAGAGUCUAUGACAAGGUCAUGAAGGAAAUCUCCUCCAGCUCCAUAAAGAAGUUCGUUUUCAAUACUGCUCUGAGCUUCAAAAAAGCAGAGGUUGAGAGGAAUAUUGUAAGAAAGAACAGUAUAUGGGAUUACCUUGUCUUUAAUAAAAUACAGAACACUCUGGGGGGUAGGGUGCGCUUCCUGAUUUCUGGCUCUGCUCCCCUACGUGAUGAUGUCAUGAGCUUCCUUAGGGCAGCAUUAGGAUGCCACGUUCUUGAAGGUUAUGGCCAGACUGAGACGACAGCUGCUGCCACCAUACAGCUUGUGGGUGAUCACACGUUUGGUCACGUGGGCCCCCCGAUGCCUUGCACCAAGAUCAAGCUUGUUGAUGUCCCGGAUAUGAACUACUUUGCUAAGGAUGGCAAGGGCGAGAUCUGCUUCUAUGGGCCGAAUGUGUUCAAAGGCUACCUACACGACCCUGAGAAGACCCGUGAGGCAAUAGACGAGGAUGGGUGGUUGCACUCUGGGGAUGUGGGGGAAUGGACCGAGAAUGGAACACUGAAAUUGAUUGACAGAAAGAAGCACAUCUUUAAACUAGCUCAGGGCGAGUACAUUGCUCCAGAGAAGAUCGAAGCAGUUUACAUGCAGUGUCCUCUUGUGCAUCAAGUCUUCGUAUACGGCGAUAGCAGAAAGUCGUGCAUCGUCGGUGUAGUUGUACCGGAGGAAACUGCACUAAAGAAGUGGACCGAAAAGAACGAAGUGCAAGGGGACAUGGAAGCCUUAUGCAACAACGAGAAAGUUCGUAAGGCCAUCUUGGAAGAGAUGUCGGCGAUGGGCAAGAAAGAGAAACUCUUCUCCUUCCAGCAGGUGAAAGACAUCUACUUGCAUCCCGAUCCCUUCACUGUGGACAACGGCCUCCUGACCCCUACGCUAAAAUUCAAACGCCCUGUCAUCCAGGCGCACUUCAAGGAUACCUUCGAAAAGUUAUACGACAGUAUAAAGGAAUAAAACAAGACUACAGGAAGAAGGUAGAUAGGGAAACACAGGCGAAUUAAACAUGCAGCAUAAUAAUACUAUACGUUCGUAUACAGGAAUAGAACAUGACAACAGAAAGAGGGUAGAAUAAUUUUGAUGCGAGACACGCCACAAAGCGUGUAGAGAUUGGAUGAUGCGAUCGCGCGUCUGGCACCAUUCGUUUGUGUGCUAGCUUUGCUCAGAUUGCAUACUGCUUUGUUACUAGUUUCAACGUUUUUGAAAUAAUAGGGUACACACGUAGUUGGGUAAGAGACAAAAUUAAGCGAAAGAGAGACCUGAUUGUCCAUCAAAUAAAUGUCGCCUGAUUGACUUGAAUUUGGUGGAGUGAUCUAAGCAAAGUCCGAUAUGAAAAUUUGCCAAAAAAUGUAUUUCGAAAGAAAUUAUACCACCCAAAAAAUAAUAAUAAAAUAAAUAUCUCAAGUGAAUUACA